CAGAGGAAGCGGGUGAGAGGGUGAGAAAGGGGAAGGGGAGGUGAGGAGGCAGCGUUGAUGUCCAGAGGCUCGAGCAGCCUCCUGCCCGCAGGCCAGCAGCCCUGCCCGGCUGACAGGAUGACGGAGAAGCCCAAGAAGGCGAGCAGAAAGUUCAAGUUCUUCAAGUUCAAGGGCUUUGGGAGUCUCUCCAACCUCCCCCGGGCCUUCACCCUGAGACGGUCCUUGGCUCCCGCCACUAUCCGGCCGAACCUAACGCCUGAAAUCUUCGAGGCCACGCAGGACGACAUGGUGACGGUCCCCAAGAGCCCCCCGGCAUACGCCCGGUCCAGCGACAUGUACAGCCACAUGGGCACCAUGCCUCGGCCCAGCUUCAAGAAGCCUCAGAACCGAAAGGCCACCCGGGCGGCCGGCCCUGAGCCCCACCCGGUGCCCCGAGCCCUGCCUGAGCCCCCAGGCCUGCCUGACCCCCCAGGCCUGCCUGAGCCCCGAGCCCUGCCUGACCCCCCAGGCCUGCCUGACCCCCCAGGCCUGCCUGACCCUCCAGGCCUGCCUGAGCCCCCAGGCCUGCCUGACCCCCCAGGCCUGCCUGAUCCCUCAGGCCUGCCUGAGCCCCCAGGCCUGCCUGAGGCCCCAGCCAUGGAGGCAGCCGAAGAGGAGGCGGGGGAGACCACAGUCCCCCCGGAGGACACAGAGGCAGCCGAAGAGGAGGCGGGGGAAACCGCAGCCCCCCCGGAGGACACAAAGGUGAAACCGAGCCCUUCAGCAGUGAAGGCCAGCCCCGUGAGAGAGCCUGAGGACCCCGGGGCAGACACAGAAGAGGAGACAGACCCCAGGAAUGCACCCCCAGACAGGGCUGCGGGAGAGCCUGAGGCCGGCGGGGACUACGUGAAGUUUUCCAAGGAGAAGUACAUCCUGGACUCGUCGCCUGAGAAGCUGCACAAGGAGCUGGAGGAAGAGCUCAAACUCAGCAGCACAGACCUCCGCAGCCACGCCUGGUACCAUGGCCGCAUCCCCCGGGAGGUGUCGGAGACCCUGGUGCAGCGCAACGGCGACUUUCUCAUCCGGGACUCGCUCACCAGCCUGGGCGACUACGUGCUCACGUGCCGCUGGCGCAACCAGGCCUUGCACUUCAAGAUCAACAAGGUGGUGGUGAAGGCGGGCGAGAGCUACACCCACAUCCAGUACCUGUUCGAGCAGGAGAGCUUCGACCACGUGCCCGCCCUGGUGCGCUACCACGUGGGCAGCCGCAAGGCCGUGUCGGAGCAGAGCGGCGCCAUCAUCUACUGCCCCGUGAACCGCACCUUCCCGCUGCGCUACCUGGAGGCCUGCUACGGCCUGGGCCAGGGCACGGGCAAGGCGGCCGGCCCCGCCAGCCCCGCCGGCCCCAAGGGCAGCCACAUGAAGCGGCGCAGCGUCACCAUGACCGACGGGCUCACCGCCGACAAGGUCACCCGCGGCGACAGCUGCCCCACCAGGUGUCUGCCCCACAGCACGUCCCUGCCCCACCCCCGGGAGUCCAUCCGCAGCUGUGCGCUCAGCAUGGACCAGAUCCCAGACCUGCACUCGCCCACGUCCCCCAUCUCUGAGAACCCCAGCUCCCCCGCCUACAGCACCGUGACCCGUGCUCACGCUGCGCCCGCAGCCCCCGCACCCACAGUGCUGCCCGCCUCCCCCGUCACCCGCCGCUCCAGCGAGCCCCAGCUGUGCCCCCGAAGUGCCCCGAAGCCCCCCGGAGAGCUGGACAAGGGCCCUCACGCCAGUCCCUCCCACACCCUCGGCAAAGCCUCCCCAUCCCCGUCGCUCAGCAGCUACAGCGACCCGGACUCCGGCCAUUACUGCCAGCUGCAGCCUCCGGUCCGGCAGGCCAAGAGCCAGGGAGAGCGGCUGAAGGAACUGUCAGAGAAUGGGGCCCCCGACGGGGCCUUCACAGUCCCCAUCAUAGAAGCCACCUCUUCCUUCAACCCGGCCACCUUCCAGUCACAGCUCAUCCCCAAGGAUAACCGGCCGCUGGAGGUGGGCCUCCUGCGCAAGGUCAAGGAGCUGCUGGCCGAGGUGGACGCCCGGACGCUGGCUCAGCACGUCACCAAGGUGGACUGCCUGGUUGCUAGGAUACUGGGCGUUACCAAGGAGAUGCAGACCCUAAUGGGAGUCCGCUGGGGCAUGGAGCUGCUCACCCUCCCCCAUGGCCGGCAGCUACGACUGGACCUGCUGGAAAGGUUCCACACCAUGUCCAUCAUGCUGGCGGUGGACAUCCUGGGCUGCACGGGCUCAGCGGAGGAGCGGGCCGCGCUUCUGCACAAGACCAUCCAGCUGGCCGCGGAGCUCCGGGGCACCAUGGGCAACAUGUUCAGCUUCGCCGCGGUCAUGGGCGCCCUGGAUAUGGCCCAGAUCGCCCGGCUGGAGCAGACAUGGAUGACCCUGCGACAGCGACACACGGAGGGUGCCAUCCUCUACGAGAAGAAGCUCAAGCCGUUUCUCAAGAGCCUCAAUGAGGGCAAAGAAGGCCCGCCGCUGAGCAACACGACGUUUCCUCACGUGCUGCCGCUCAUCACUCUGCUCGAGUGCGACGCGACCCCGGCCGAGGGCCCCGAGCCCUGGGGCAGCACGGAGCACGGCGUGGAGGUGGUGCUGGCGCACCUGGAGGCGGCCCGCACGGUGGCGCACCACGGAGGCCUGUACCACACCAACGCCGAGGUCAAGCUGCAGGGGCUCCAGGCCCGGCCCGAGCUCCUGGAGGUGUUCAGCACGGAGUUCCAGAUGCGCCUCCUCUGGGGCAGCCAGGGCGCCAGCAGCAGCCAGGCCCGGCGCUACGAGAAGUUUGACAAGGUCCUCACCGCCCUGUCCCACAAACUGGAGCCUGCCGUCCGCUCCAGCGAGCUGUGACCCCCGUGGGCCCUUCCCCUCGGCAGCUGCGGGCAGCAUGCGGGACAGAGGGGCACGGACCUUCCUCCAGAGCACCCCAGGGACACUGUGACCAGCCCGAGAAUGUACCGGACUCCGCCGCGAUCUCCCUUCCGCCCCCAGGGUUCUGCGUGGAUUCUGGGCUGUCCCGCGCCUGCCACGUGCUCGCCACAGCUCCCUUCAGGAAGAACCAGGACCCGUUCCUCCCUCCAGCUUCCGCCUCUCCCCUCCUGCCGAGGGGCCCCGUGUUUGAGCCAUGGGGGGCUCCUCACGCCUCCUCCCUCUCCUCCAGGCAUCUGCUCCCCGCCGACACCAAGGCCUCCAUCUGCUGUAAAUACGUCCCCGUUCUGUAAAUAGAUGUACAGAAGCCACGCUCUUUCUUUCAUAUAAUAAACUUUUAUGUCUCUUU